AUGCAGAUCUUCAGUGGUCACAUUGCCGUCUAUGCGGUGGCAAACUUCAAAGCGUCCGAAGAAGAUGCCUCGCCUCAUCCCAAAAUGCUGUCGGCACAGCAGAAGGACACCCUGAGGGUGCUGAGUCAGCGCGGCCACGACUCCCUCUACAGGAAGACCCCCCGCGUGUCGGAGAGCAGGGAGGAGCUGGGCAUGGCCAUGGCCUCAGGGGCACGCAGCAAGGUGAGGCGGGAGAAAGCCUCGCUGACCUCCCUGAAGCGAGCCAGCGCCGACGUGGAGCUCCUGGCCACCCGUGGUCCCAUGGGCAAGGAAACCAUGGUGACUUUCAGCAACACUUUGCCCAGGGUGGCCAACGGCAGCAGCCCCAUCUCGCCCUCCGAGGAGCAGACCACCUCUCAGCGCCACAUGACCUUCCACGUGCCCUUCGACCCCCAAAGGUCCAGGCAGCUGGUGUCAGAGUGGAAGCAGCGCUCGCUGGAGCUGCGCAGUCAGAGCUCUCGGGACGAAGAUGAGGGUGAGAAUGGAGCCGAGGGUGUGAACACCGGGGACGAGGACGGCGGGGAAGUGGGCGACAAGGGGGUGCCGGCCUCUCUUUACCCUAAAGUCCAAGCCAACAAGGGCAUGUCCACACCUACUACAGCCAGGAUGGCGGUGGCCCCGCCGCUGGUUCACAUUCCCGAAGAGGCCACACGUCCGCCGCCUGUCUCCCCCAAGAGCGCCAAGACUCGCGCCAAGUGGCUGUUGCUCACAGAAGGGGGCGGUGCUAAGGAGCCAAGUGUGGGGCCCAUUGCUGUGUCGACCCCCCGGGUGCCUGUUCAAGCCCCGAGUCAGCCAAGAGUCACUCAGGUGAUGGCGAUGUCCAAGCAGCAGAACCAUGGCGGGGUCACCUCGGAGGGCGGCUCCUCCUCCGGUGGCGGCUCCAACUCGUCCGAGUCACCCUACUACCGCAUCCCUUCCGACCGGGACAGCUGCAUAAGCAGCAACCCCGGCAGCAUCGCUGGCAGCGGCAGCAUCGUUACCAUCGACGCCCACGCCCCCCACCAUCCGGUGGUGCGCGUGACGGCCGCGAACGGGAAGCCAUGGGAGUGGAGGAACACCAUCAGUGGCAACCUGAUGGGCGGUGACACGUCGGUGGAUAAACACCGCGGCAUUUUGCAGCGGCCGGACAACGCCCCGCUUUACCGCGACUACCGGACACUUCCGGUUAAAAAGGAGUUUCUGGGUGUUGAUGCUGAGCUACCGCUACCGCCACCGCCCCUCCCCACUGCCUCCUCCCCUCUUCCUCCCCCGCCUCAGCUGUCCUCACCCCAUCUACCGCCGCCCCCUCCCCAGUCUUCUUCCUCCCCGCUACCCCCACCUCCUCACCCUUCUCACAUGACCCUCCCGUCUCACCCAUCCUCUCAGGUGUCAUCCUCUCAGCCUUUACCUCCUCCCCCGCUCCCUUCCUCCAUCAUGCCACCCCCGCUCCUUCCCCACCCUUCGUUCUCAGCUGUGCUCCCGCCUCCCACUCACCCCGACCUGUUAAUGGAUAGCCACAUGCUGUCCCGCUCGUCCACGCUGCCCCGCCGUCCCUCCGUGUCGGCCCGCAGCCAUGCCGAGCAGGAGCAGUACUACAAGGCCCUACAGAACGAGCGCAUGCUAUAGUAGGUGGCUGGCGGGGUUAAGGACUUGAACAACGCGAGGGUAGCUUGUACAGUACAAGGACUAUUUAUUUAGAAUGAUUUUUUUGAAUCCUGACUGGCAGCUUCGGUCAAGGUUGAGCACCAAGGGGACGCUCAGCUUUGCCAAAGCGCCUGCUGUCACAAGAAGAGAAAACAGAUCAAAGACAUGAAGGAAUAAUUCCCCUUUGGCUUCUACGAGCGUUUGCAAAGUGAAGAGCAAAGCAGCUGAGGAGGAGAUACGACUCAGACCUCGGAUUUGCUCAAUCUGUUUUCCUUUGAGAGGGCGACGAAAGCCGAGGAAAACAAAACAACCUCAGGCUGCGUUGGCUUCGUAAAACUGCUGCCGACUCAACUCGUGGUGUCUCAGAAGGAUCAUUAAACGGAUCAUGGCGUUAUCAGUCUGCAACCUUCUGUGCGAUAUUUAAACAAAGAAUUGGAAGCUUGAUCCGAGCAAACUUGUGCAGGGAGAGGAAGCAGCUGUGCGUCCCAAUCCAGGCGUCAAGGAAUGGCUCAAUGACCGCAAAACAAACCACUCGGCUAAAGUGUUCACUGAACAAAGCUGAUUGGCCUCUGCUCGCCUCUGGGAGUCUGCACUGAGAGGCUUGGAGGCGCUUCGCCCUUUUGGUAGGCGUUCAACAAACUGCCAUUGCCCCGGUCGUCUCACGGGACAAUGGCAUCCCAACCCUGGUGGGCACCAAGAUAAGUGGACAAUAGCCACUUGAAGGAGUGGUGAACUCUGAAGUCUGGUUCACUUGAGCACUGCUCGGACCAAAGACACAGACCGGUGUUCAAAUGAGUCAGGAAAACACGUGGUUAUAAAAAUAAAGAUUGGAGUCUGGUUUAUAAAGCUCGUGUGCGCACAAAACAAGGCCGAAAGGUUGUGUACGAUGUUUUCCACGCAAAGUGUGUGACGUAUAAAAAGUUAAACCACUCAUUGGGAUGAAUGGUUUUGGGUUCCUGGCUUACGAGACUUCCACCCGCAGUUUUACAGAUGAUUGUCAAAAACCUGGAGCAGACAAGACUUUUCUUAGUAACUGAAUUGUGUAACGUAACGUGGUCCAACCAGCACCUGCAUUUUUUGUACUGGUCCACCUUUGGUCUAAUGAUAAAAUACAAACGUGAGAGUUAGGCGAAUUGGACAAAAUUUGCGUACAAUGUUUUUUAGUACUGAUGUACGUACCAGAGUACCAGGCUUCAAAUGUAAACACGCCUAUUAAGCCCUGGUUCCACCCAGUUUUAGUUCAGUUCACGAAAUUUAAAGUGUUAUGUUGAGCGACAGCAAUGGGAACACACUUUAACGCUUGUCAAAAUAAACGUGUUGUUCCCGCUUAGCCAUUCAGUUCUUGACGAUACACGUUUUGUUGUGUUUCCAUUGCUGUCAUUUGUUCCAUGUCGUGCAAUUGUGACAUAACAACGUCCUGACCUGGGGCCGUACUUAACAAGCUUCUUAGAAUUACUCCUAAGAAGUCUGCUAAGAGUUGACUUAAGAGUAAAUAAAUUAUUCGCUGAAAGCUGCACUUAAAAGUUAGU